AUGUCUCACGACAGCAACUCAAUGGACUCAUCAUUAGGUGACCAGAUUUGCCAGCAUUUCGUGCAGAGCAGAUUCGAUGAGCGCAGGCCGCCCUUCUUGCCAGACGGCUGUAUUGAGAGCCUCAUUACCGAGGGCGCGAUUUCCAACGAGCUUUUCGACGAAGACGAUGAUCCCCAAACACCAGAAAAGGCACUGAUACGCUUCGUCAAAGAAAAAGCAAAGAAAGUCUUUGCGAUCACAGUAUGUAGCGGAAUCACCGGAUCCGAGCUUUUGAAGACUGUAGAUGACCGUCCAGCACACGUUGCCAUCAAAGAAAUUCUUGUCAACAACAACUUGCGUCACGAGAUCGAGAAGAACUACGAAGAUGAGCGGAAGGCACUUUCCGAAAUAACCGAUUUACGGCACAACCAUAUCAUCCAACGAAUCGCUGCCAUUACUCGCGGAGAAAAACGAUACUUCAUGUUCCAGUGGGCCGAUGGCGGCAAUCUUAGAGAGUUCUGGAAAGAACAAAACCGGCCCACUCUCACACCGGACCUGGUGAAGCAAACAAUCACUCAACUUUGUGGGCUUGCCGAUGCGUUGCAUGCCUUGCAUAAUUACAAGGAUCAAGGCAAUUACCGUCACGGAGACUUGAAGCCGGAGAACAUUCUCCGGUUCAGAGACAGCACCUGUGUUGGCGUUCUCAAGAUUGCAGACAUGGGCCUUGCGAAGCACCACAACGAUGCUACGGCAGUACGGAAGAAGGCAACUAGUGCAAAGUAUGGUACAGUCCGGUACGAGCCGCCCGAGGUUGUUACCAACCGUCUCGACAAGGCGAGAUCCAGACUCUACGACAUCUGGUCCAUGGGCUGCAUCAUGCUCGAGUGCGUUAUUUGGCUCAUGUAUGGCUACGAGGCAUUGGACAAUUUUGACGACAGCCUCAAUGAUGGAUACGAUUCCAGUUUCUUCAAGACCAAGGAUGUGGACGGGGCGCGAGUAGCAGAAGUCCAUCCCACCGUGGUGAAAUGGAUGAACUUGAUGGCUGCCGACCCGCAGUGCGGUAGAGACUCGGCUCUCGGUGAUCUACUCGGCCUCGUCAGGAACCGACUGCUCGUCGUUCCUUUGCGCAUUCAAGCGCCGACAAUAAUCCUUAACGGCACUGUCGAAAUACCAAUCAUUGAGGAGAACUCAGAGAGAUUUGUAUCUGUGACAAGCACCAGUCAAAACACACCCGAUAUCGGCGAGAUCGGCCCCUAUCGCGCUGACGCCAGAGCCAUGCGAUCUGGCUUGGAAAGGAUUCUUCGAAAGGCAGAUUCCAACCAGACUUAUCUCCUUGGAUCAAAUGAUCGACGAAUUUCUCAUGGCCCUGCAUUGGUUCCGCCAAGAUCUCAGUCUAACAACUUGCUUUCGCCAAUUGCCGCUGAAACGCCUAGAGGGAGCAACCUUUUCCCAGGCACAUUACAGGCACAACGUGUGUUAAUUGUGAAUGGUCCUAAGGAGCGACCACUGGCGUUUUAG